AUGAGCGCCGGACAGACGUACGAGAAGAAGAUUGCGAGUAUUUUGACCGAUCUCCCAGGAUCUAUGAGUUGCCAUCCGAACUCCAAGGACUCCCCUACUCUGCCCGAGUCGUCCGUGACGGACAUGGGCUACUACAGUGGACAGACGGCCCACGGCCAUCAUGAAUAUUAUCAGAGUCAGCCGUACGGGCAGCCCAUGAACUCUUACCAUCACCAGUUUAAUCUGAACGGAAUGGGAGCUGCUGGAGCGUACGCCACCAAAUCUGAAUACCCAUACACGAAUGGUUACAGACAGUACGGACAUUACAACAGAGAUCACCUGCAAGCUUCACCUCCGGGCUCAGUGAAAGAAGAGCCAGAGCCGGAGGUUCGUAUGGUAAAUGGAAAGCCGAAAAAGAUUCGCAAGCCGAGGACGAUCUACUCUAGCUACCAGCUUGCUGCUCUGCAGAGACGCUUCCAGAAGGCACAAUACCUCGCCCUGCCCGAAAGAGCGGAGCUGGCGGCUCAGCUUGGCCUCACUCAGACGCAGGUCAAGAUCUGGUUCCAGAACCGGAGAUCCAAGUUCAAGAAGCUGUACAAAAACGGCGAGGUUCCCUUGGAGCACAGUCCCAAUGCCAGCGACUCCAUGGCCUGCAACUCCCCGCCAUCGCCCGCAGUCUGGGACAACAGCAGCACCCCUCAGAACACCCCGAUCAGCAGACCUCAGGUGCCGCAGCCGACGCACAGUUCAUCGCCGCCGUACCUGGAGGAUUAUAAUAACCACUGGUACCAGCAGGGAUCACACCUACAACACCCGGGAGCCGUGCACCACCCAGUCCCGCAGCAAAGCGUGGGAGCUGUUUAUUAA